UUGCAACAGGUGACUUCUGCAAUUCCACCCCAAUCUGGAGCAACCACAAAAACUCCCUUAAAGAAACCAUCUGCUGGCCAGAAGAAACCACUUGAUGCACUAGGUUCAUCUCCACCCAUGUCCAGCAAAAAACAGAAGACUGCUGGUGCUUUUCUUGAUCAAAGCAUCGAACAGCUAAAUGAUGUUACUGCUGUUAGUGGAGUUAAUUUAAGGGAAGAGGAAGAGCAGUUAUUAUCAGGUCUGAAAGAGGAUAGUCGAGCUUCAGAAGCAACUCGAAGGGUUGUACAAGAAGAAGAAGACAGGUUGAUAUUGCAGAAGGCCCCCCUUCAGAAAAAGCUAUCAGAUAUCAUGUUGAAAUGUGGUUUGAAGACUAUUGGUGGUGAUGUGGAGCGUUGUCUAUCAAUGUGUGUCGAGGAGCGUUUGAAAGGUUUGAUAUCUUAUCUGAUAAGACUGUCAAAACAGAGGGUUGAUAUUGAAAAAUCUAGGCAUCAAUUUGUCAUCACAUCGGAUGUUCGACGCCAGAUUUUUUCAAUGAAUCAGAAAGCCAAGGAAGAGUGGGACAAGAAGCAGGCUGAAGAGACUGAAAAACAUAGGAAAGUAACUGAAAUGGAUGGAAACACAGAAGCUGAUGCAGACAAGGACAAAGGGGAUCGUUCUAAAGCCACGAAGGUUAACAAAGAAGAAGAUGAUAAAAUGAGAACCACAGCUGCAAAUGUUGCAGCUCGAGCCGCUGUUGGUGGAGAUGAUAUGCUGUCAAAGUGGCAGCUCAUGGCUGAGCGAGCUCGUCAAAAACAUGAUGGUCCUGAUGGGGCUUCUGCUUCCCAGCUAGGUAAAAGUGCAAACAGUAAAUCUUCACUGAACUCUGGAAGAGGUCCCAGAGAAAAGCAUGAAUCAGAUAAGAAAGGCUCUUCCUUGUCAACAUCUGGUGGUGCGAGGAGAUUUGGGAGGAACAAUGCCCUGGCCCAUCCAAAAGUUGCACGUAACAUCUCUGUUAAAGAUGUGAUAGCGGCCCUUGAGAGGGAGCCACAGAUGUCGAAAUCAUCUUUGAUUUACCGCCUGUAUGAGAGAUCGCCCAGCGAUUCUCCGGCAGAAUAGUUAAGGGUGAACUUCAUCUCUAUUAAACAUGUGAUCAGCCGUCCUUGAGAGGAAACCAGGAUACCGAAAUCAUCGCCUGUACGAUAGAUCAUCCAGUGAUUCUGCAACCGAACAGUCUAGGGAGAGCUUGAUCUCUGUUCAAUGAUGUUUUAAUGUAUUUUCUGAGUACAAAAGUUUCUGCAACAAUUAAUUGUGGUUAUUUAAAUUAUCGAACUCUGGACGAUACACUGACACUGAAGGCCUGUAUUUAAUGGAAAAUGAAGAGCAAUUCUGCAUUACAA